AUGGGGUCCGAAAGCGCAAGUGAAAAGGCGAACGAAAAGCGCGGACCAAGCGACAACACGCACCAUGUCCCGCCAGAUGCCCCAGGUUCUGAGGAUGUGCCGACUGCUGGUCUGCCAGAGGAAGAAUCGACGUGGGUAGCUUACAAGGGCAUCGCAGUACUGGCUGCGAUCGCCUCUGGAGCCGGCAUUGCCUUUCAGAACCUCAUAUUUGGUAAAUUUGUCAACGUUAUUACCGACUUCGCGUUGGAUCCAACUGCCACCGGCAAGUUCAUGGACGAUGUCUCGAAACUAGCCCUAUACUUCUUCUACCUCGGCAUUGGUAGAUUUGUUCUCUCUUACACAUACAACGUACUCCUCACCUACGCUUCCUACCGGAUUGUUCGCAACAUCCGUCACCAGUACCUUCGGUCGGCCUUAAGGCAAGAGGUUGCCUUCUACGACUUCGGCUUAGCAGGGUCGAUCGCCGCGCAGGCGACGACCAAUGGACGUCUAAUCCAAGGAGGUAUCGCUGAGAAGCUCGGUCUCACGUUUCAAGGGCUGUCGGCAUUCCUGACAUCGUUUAUCAUUGCCUUCGUCGUCAGUUGGAAGCUCACCUUCAUCUGUCUGUGCAUUGCCCCGGCCACAAUCAUAACAAUGGGCGUUGUUGCGACUAUCGAGGCAGGUCAUGAGACCAAGAUCCUCGACAUCUAUGCUCAGGCCAACUCCUUCGCCGAGGGAGUACUCUCUAGUGCCCGGACCGUCCAUGCUUUUGAGAUGAGGGCCAGACUUGUCCGCAAAUUCGAUGAGUUUCUCACGGACGCACAUCGCAUCGGCAAAAAGAUCUCCCCCCUUUUUGGAGUCCUUUUCUCCGCCGAGUACACCAUCAUCUAUCUGGGCUUCGGCCUCGCCUUCUGGCAAGGUGUCAAGAGAUUGGCAUCCGGCGACAUCAGCAAUCCCGGAGAUAUCUUCACCGUCUUGCUCUCUGUGGCAUUAGCAGCCAUCAACUUGACUAUGCUAGCACCAUACUCGAUCGACUUUAGCAGGGCUGCUUCGGCUGCCGCCAAGCUCUUCUGUCUUCUUGACCGAGAGUCUGCAAUCGACCCCAUGGACAAGUCCGGCGAACAACCGUCAGAGACAAUCGGCCUAGUUGAGCUAGAGAACGUGACUUUCGCCUAUCCCACUCGGCCAACCAUCACGGUUCUCGAUAACUUCACCUUGCGAGUCCCUCCGGGCAAAGUCACUGCCUUGGUAGGCCAAUCCGGUUCAGGGAAGAGCACCAUCGUCGGAUUGAUCGAGCGCUGGUAUAACCCUAGAUCGGGCGCCAUCAAGCUCGAUGGUCGUCCCAUUGACCAGCUGAAUCUAAACUGGCUCCGGAAGAAUGUCCGGCUUGUGCAACAGGAACCGGUUCUCUUCCAAGGAACAGUAUUUGAGAACAUCCGACAUGGUCUCAUCGGCACAAAGUGGGAAAAUGCAUCAAGAGAAGAGCAGAUGGAGCAGAUCAAGGCGGCUGCAAACAUCGCCUACGCCCACGAUUUCAUCUCCGAGUUGCCCAACGGCUACGAUACCGAGAUCGGUCAGAGCGGCAGCCUCCUCAGCGGCGGUCAAAAGCAGCGGGUAGCCAUCGCUCGUAGUAUCGUAUCCGAACCAAAGGUCCUUCUUCUUGAUGAAGCAACCAGUGCUCUUGAUCCCCACGCGGAAGCCGUUGUCCAAAGGGCACUCGACAAGGCCGCUGAGGGACGAACGACCAUUGUUAUCGCCCACAAGCUUGCCACUAUCCGAAAAGCUGACAACAUCGUCGUCAUGGCCAAGGGUCGCAUCGUCGAACACGGUACCCAUGAGUCGCUAAUUGCCCAGGACGGUACUUACGCCCGACUCGUGAGGAUGCAAAAUCUCGCCGUAUCGGAGGAUUCUUCCAUAACCGAGGCGGAGGAAGGGGAAGGGGAGUCCUACGCUCGAGACAAGGAUAAUGCAGAUAAUCUCACCACCACCCUCACACGAUACGCAACCUCUGUCCAAGGUCGGAUGGAUUCUCAGAAAGAGCGCGAUAAUUUCAAGAAUUACGAGCCUCUUGGUAUUCUGGCCGUGAUCUUCCGUCUUAUUAGGGAGUCUCCUGAGUUAACGUGGGCAUACGUGAGCCUAAUACUGGGCUGCAUCCUCGCCACGGGCCUCUUCCCUGGCCAAGCGAUCCUGAUAGCCAAAGUUAUGGACGUUUUCACACUCACAGGUGAUGCUAUGGUGGAGCGUGGAAGCUUUUUUGCCGCAAUGUUCAUCGCCAUGGCGGGCGGCGCGUUUGUUGCGUAUUUCGUGCUAGGUUGGUUCACAAACGCUAUUGCUCAGCAACUGAAUCACAAGUAUCGAAAACAAUGCUUCAACGACAUGCUGCGUCAGGACCUCCAAUUUUUCGACCGUAGUGAGAACAACACUGGCGCACUCACCAGCCGAGUCGAUUCUAAUCCCCAGUCCAUCCACGAGCUUAUGGGUUUUAACGUAGGGUUGAUCUUAAUCUCCAUUCUCAACCUUGUAGCCUGCAGUAUAUUGGGUGUCGUGCAUAGCUGGAAACUCGGCUUGGUGGUUGUCUGCGCUGGCUUGCCGCCUCUCGUGAGUGCGGGAUACUUCAAGAUCCGUUCCGAUGCAAGAUUAGACCGUACGACGGGUGAGAGGUACGCGGCGAGCGCAUCUAUAGCUUCGGAAGCGGUGACCGCGAUCCGGACGGUCUCCUCGCUUGCCAUCGAAGAGUCCGUCCUUGAAAAGUACACGGCUGAGCUCGACCAUGCUGUAUCAUGGUCUAAAGGCCCGUUGAUGCGUCUGAUGAUUUUCUUUGGUCUUACGCAGUGCAUAGAAUACUGGUUCAUGGCACUCGGGUUCUGGUAUGGGUGUCGCCUCCUAUCUAACGACGAGGUCACCAUGUAUAAUUUCUUCGUGACCUUCCUCGCCGUAUUUUUCUCGGGGCAGUCAUCGUCGCAGCUCUUCCAAUUCUCUACCAGCAUCACAAAGGGAGUUAAUUCAUCCAAUUACCUCUUCUGGCUCAACGAACUCCAGCCCGUUGUGCGGGAGACGCCCGAGAAUCGUGACAACGGGCCAAAGGACGGGGGCCCCAUUGCUCUGAACGAUGUCCGCUUUUCUUACCCGCUGCGGCCCGAGGCGACCGUUCUUCGGGGUGUGAACCUGACCGUCAAGAAGGGUCAAUUCGUCGGCCUCGUGGGCGCAUCCGGGUGUGGCAAGUCAACCAUCAUCGCCAUGCUCGAGCGAUUUUAUGAUCCUUCGACGGGCUCAAUCACCAUCGCAUCCUCGGCCCUUACAGAGCUCAACCCUCGAUUGUACCGCGGCAUCGUGGCCCUCAUCCAGCAAGAACCCACACUCUUCCAAGGCUCCAUCCGAGAAAACAUCGCACUCGGCUUCGACGAUCCUUCGACAGACGACUCUGAACCCUUCCCUGUAUCAGACGCGGAUAUCGAAUCUGCGCUCCGAGCCGCCAACGCAUGGGACUUUGUCUCGUCGCUCCCCGAAGGUCUCGCCACGGCGGCGGGCCCCAACGGCACUCAGCUCAGCGGUGGUCAACGGCAGCGCAUCGCCAUCGCGCGAGCACUCAUCCGCAACCCGAGAGUGCUCCUUUUGGACGAGGCCACUAGUGCGUUGGACUCGGAGAGCGAGAGGAUUGUGCAAAAUGCACUCGCUGAAGCGGCCAAAGACGGAGAUCGGAUCACUUUUGCCGUGGCUCACCGGCUCAGUACCAUCAAGGACGCGGAUGUCAUCUGUGUGUUUUAUGGAGGGCGGAUUACGGAGAUGGGGACGCAUGCAGAGCUGAUUGCAAAGGGGGGUUUGUAUCGGAAGAUGUGUGAAGCCCAGGCCCUUGAUUAA